CCCAAUAGGUUUUGGAUAUAAAGGAGCGAUCAGGAAAGCCAGUAAGACCCGAAAUCAUGAUGAACACUCUCACUGACAUUUAACGUUUUCUCCCUUUCACUGCCCAUGUAUAAUACCUUCUGAUCACAAAACACAAUACUCUCAAAAAGAUUUUCCGUAUCCCAAUAUGAUGUUAGAGCACGCUGAGUAUGCAGCAGCAGAGCCCUUCCCCUGCAUGGACUCCAUCUCCACCACCAUGAGAAAGAGGAACAGCAAAAAUAAAAGAAGAUUCAGUGAUGAACAAAUCAGAUCAUUGGAAACUCUGUUCGAGUCAGAGUCGAGGCUUGAACCAAGGAAGAAGAUGCAGUUGGCAACAGAGCUUGGGUUGCAGCCACGGCAGGUUGCUAUAUGGUUUCAGAAUAAGAGAGCUCGAUGGAAGUCGAAGCAGCUCGAACGAGAAUACAACAUACUUCGAGCCAAUUACAACAACCUGGUUUCCAUGUUCGAAGUUCUGAAGAAAGAAAAACAGGCCUUGGUUGUACAGCUGCAGAAGCUGAAUGAUCUGAUGCAAAGGCCACAGGAGGAAAGGCAGUGUUGCAGGCAAGAACCAGCUGCAAACGGCAUCCGAGGUGAAUCGGACAAUGGAGACACUGCUACAUGUGAAUAUGAAAUGAAGCCAAGCUUGUCAACGGAGAGAUCAGAACAUGGACUAGGUGUCUUGACAGAUGAAGAUGCCAGUACAAAGCCAGAGUACUUCGAACUGGAAGACGAACCCACACUUCUGAAUAUGGUGGAACCUACUGAUAGCACCUUGGCAUCACCUGAAGAUUGGGGCAGUUUGGACUCUGAGGGUCUCUUCGACCAGUCUAACGGUAAUUCUCAGUGGUGGGACUUCUGGUCUUGAAUGAAGGAAAACGGUCCUGGGUUAUAUGUAUGCAAAAUGUUGUUCCUUCGGUUCAAAGAUUCUAGGGGGGUGUGGUGGGGCAAAAUUAUGGACAAGGAGAGGGGAGAAGCAUCUUUCAGUGUAGCAAUGGGUUUAGAGACUAUGAAUGUAGCUUUUUGAGACCGUUGGCACUCCACAUAAAGAAAUUCCAUCCACCCACUUUAUGCGAUUGCAAAAGCUGCUAAUAUUGAUCUCGCUUGACCCAAUACGUUUCAAAGUUUCUGUCUCCCAUUGUUGGAACCUAGAAAAAUGAAUUGGAGACUGGAGCUGUGAAACUUCAAAAAUAUAAAAGGUGCUGUGGGGUGUCUCCAAAGAGAUCAUAUGCACAGAGAGAGUGAGAGAGAGAAAGAGAUGAACGCACGGCUGGUGGACUCCAAAAUAACAAAUGUACUGGUUCAAUUAGAAUUUCAAUGGAGUUGGUAUCAAGGUUUUAAGAAAAA